AUGUAUACGGGAAUAUCGCAAAUCAACGCUCUAUACCGUCGUCUAGCCGACCUGGAGACGAAUAUAUACAAGCGUUUUGUCGUGGUGACUAGCAUGUCUAGGGACAUGUUCAGUAAAGGGCUGAACUCUCUAGAGAUGAAUAUGUUUAAGGAGUCACUACAACUACUAUCGAAUCACAAGAAUGGAGCAGUACUAUACGGGGUUAUACAACGUGCCUUGGACGACUAUCUCAGCAAUAUAUGCGACCUAUCCUACCUGAUACAGAGUUACCAGAAACCGCUGCUUUCAUAUGCGAACGGAGUAGUGGGCGGUUUCGCCACUUCUGUGGUGUCGCUUGCGAACGUUAGUGCAUGUCACAAGCACUCGCGUAUGGCCUUCAACAACCUUGAGCAUGGUAUGCCACUGUUGGGGGGUCAAUCCUGCACACUGGCUAUGCUGCGAGGUUCACUGGGUGAAUACUUACUGCUGACAGGCCACGAGUUGGCAGGCGCGGAUCUGGUUUGGUCAGGUCUUGUAAGGCGGUACAUAUCGCCAGAUGCGUUUCAUGUAAUGCAGUUGACAGCGGAGAGACAGGUAGAAAUGCCUGAGAAGGAAACGGAAUUCCAAUUGCAAGAACACUUUUUGCAAUUGGACUCCAGGUACUCGUUGGACAAAUUUGAAUGGCUAAUCCACGAACACUUCAACCGCUCGUCGGUUGCGUCUAUACUCCGGAGCUUGGAACGCGGUGUUUCAGCGAAGAAGAUGAGGUCACACAGCUCCAUAAACGCCGAACUGGUGCGUAAAUGGGAAAUAAAAACUCUGGACACGUUGACAAAUCACGUAGGAGGAUGCACGGAGGAGUUUGAUAUCGCUUUAAAAUUAAUACGUGACGUGAAAUCGUAUAAAUUACAGGUGCUAAAGACACUGGAUAUAUCGCCUAAUCGGUGGAACGAGAUGCGGGAUUUCGUACACAUACCUCCAGUUUCCGCGAACGAUCACAAGAUGUCAAUGAUGUUGCAUUCUAUCCACAGCGAAAUACUGCUGGAAGCGUUGCAAUUGGAAGUUGCGUCAUGGUUGGGUUAUCUUGGCAGAACCCUCCAACUACCGUCUGGUGAUUUGUGGUCCCGAUCAAAGUUCUCGUCUCAUCCGUUUACGCCAUGCUACCGCUCAGGGUUUUCGCUUUCCUCGCUUCCCGCGCUGAGGCGGCUCCACCCGGACUUCGACCCGCGCACCGGCAGCGACCACGACGCCGUUCGCAUGAAGAGAUUAUGCGAGCGCUGGUCGGACGACUUCCUGCAACGUGAACUAUUCCUCAUGCAGCGCAUUCUGACGUAG